AUGAACGACUUGAUUGAAUUGAACAACACUCUGCCGUUUUGUGUUGACAAAAAUGAACUUGUGACUGGUGAAGUGCUUGAUUAUAUACUCAAGAAAUUCAAAGAAGAAAUUCUGAGUGAUAUAGAUGCUCUUCUUACUAAUUCAAAUCCUAUAACAACUUUUAUUACCAAAGAAACUAUCGACGACAAUUUUGGGUCACAACAAAUGGACUUUUCACCAAGCAAAACCGACACAAAGGAAACAAAAGAAGAAAAACCCUUGCUUUCAAAAACGACACCACCAGACGUUAACAAUCCCCAAAACUUCAUUUUUAUAUCACAACAACAAAAAGAGGAAAAAUUAAGACCAAAAAGUAACAGUCUGUCUCCAUCAUUGCCUGUAAAGGUCUAUCCCGUCUUACCCAAUUUUGCUAAUAACAAGAAGCCAAUUGACAAGAUCUCUCCGCCCCCAGUAUUCCCAAGUAAAACAAGAGAAAUUAAAAACGGUUUCAAUAAAGUGUCAUAUCCAUCACUCUCUCCGCCUUCUCACAACAAACUUGAAAUUAAAGAAAUUCCAAAAAUGACACGUGGCGAUGAGAAACAGACUCAAAAAAUGUCUAUAGAAAAUGGCACAAAAGGGUUAAAUCUUCUCAACGAAAAUUUUGAGCAAAAGAAGUCGCCGAGUAUUCAACAUCCGCAAAAGUCGAUUUUAGACACCACCGAUGUCGACUUUCUGGUGAUUGAAAAUUGUCGAGCAGACUUUUACAAAUGGAUUUCAUGUGCGAAGUUUGAGGUCUUAUAUGACAGCGAGAGGCCAAUUCCGAUUACUAAAAGUUGCUCGCAAGACUUUUUCGAGAAGGUCCAUAACAUUCCAAAAUGCGCGUUCUUUGUGUUUUGUGACGAAUGUGUGUUUGGGUUUUACAGCGAAAGUCAGACGUUGUAUUUGUCGCCACUCGACUUCUUGUUUGGAGUCAAAGCGACUGCGAGGAGUGUCAAUAAACGGCCAAAUCGAUUUUUUGUGCCUCAAUUUUCUCAAAAUGUUUUGUUCACACUCUUCGGGGAGAAGCAAAAUCGAAGCGAAAGAGGAAGAGACUUGUUUGCGCUUGAAGUGGGGUAUAAAAAUGUUUUAAGUGUGAGACAAAAGGAGGACAAGUCAUUCCAAAGAGAAAUUGGAAAACAUUUUGUAGACAGGGCAAAACGAGUGAACCUUGAAAGCUUCUUGCCAAGUACAUGGGAUUUCGUGGUGAGAAGAGUGAUAUGUAUUACAUUUAAAUAA